AUGCGCGGGUCGAACGACCGCCUGGAGGUGUUCAAGCUGUCGGAGAACCUCUGGUUCGCCGGAACCGCGCAGCUACCGCCGUUUGAAGACGCUGGAAACGGUGGGAAAAGCGAAGGAGAUAACAGCGGCGGAGAUAAAAGCGGCGGAGAUAACAGCGGCGGAGAUAACAGCGGAAACAACGGCAACAGCACCGGUAAUGACAACAGCGGAAGCGAUUCGAGCGCGGGGUUCGCGGAUGAUCCGCGCGACUCGAUGGAGUCGCGCAAGGAGGAGCUGCUUGCGCGGCUCCGCGGCGGCGGAAUGGAAGCCGCAAACGCCGACUCCAGGAGCUCCGCAUCUGCGUCCGCAGCCCCAGCGAGCGCGCCGGCUCCCGCUGUGGAUCCGCUGGAGCAACAGACGGAGCAACGAGUGGCGGAGGUGGGGGAGUUCUCCGCGCGCACGACGGAGCUGAAACCAGUGGUGAAGCGGAAACCGGCGGUUGGGUUUCCCGGGAUCAACGAGUACAGCGGAGUAAUGAGCGCGAUGGUUGUGUAUGACAAGCAAGGGAAGCAGCUCACUCGCAUCAUCCCACACAACGAGGCAAGAGCUUGA